AUGACCUCGGACUCGAUCCUAUAUCGCCCAACUGAGUCUCUCCUGCUCCCAAAUAAACGUCGCUUUAUUCCAUUCAAAAUCCCUAACUUCCAUCCUCAGCUCCGCAACUACAUCAGUACCUCCGACCCAGAUCGCAUCUAUGUCGUCGUCGAUCGCAUCAUCUAUUUAAUACAAAUCUCUGCUCAAAAGCGUGGGAGCAUAGCGGUCAUCCCGUUCGAACCACGAUGUAUGGCAGCUGGCCAUGGAUGGAUCGCCGUUGGUGGGCCGGAUAACGGCGAGUGCGCCUAUAUCAAGAUCGAUGAGAGAGGUCUUCAAGUUCAUGACGAAACACUACCUCUUCAUCAUUCCGAUGUAGAUAGUGCGCUCCCCAUCGAUUUGGAGUCACCAUCGAGGUUCCUGUCGCCGGCUUUUUUGAGCGGUAGCUCAACGUCGGAACCCUCUAGACAGCGAGCUCCGGAAUUCAAACUUCACAAGUUUGGUGGCAGUAUUGUCAAUUCAGUGACAAUCCAUCGCUUUUCUGGGGAUGAGAUUGGUGUUUCAGACGAAGACCUAAUGAUUAUCAGUAAUAACGAUCGGACUGUGACCGUCUAUUCUCUGACCCGUGGGAAAAUUCUCAAGAUCCUUCAACAUCAAAAUUGCAUGAACUAUGCAACUGUAUCACCUGACCAAACACUCCUGGCAACAGUGGGGGAUGAGAACCGAGCUUAUUUCUAUGAGAUUGUUCGUGACUGGAGAUCGUUAGAAAGUUCAGAAUCUGACGUCAAGCUUGCAAGAUGGGAGUUUAAGCUGCUAAAGAUCGUUGAAAUGAAUAUAGGGCCACGGCUAGAUGAUGCCUGCUGCUUCACCAUCGCAUUUUCGUCCUCUAGCCGUCUCUGUGCCAUCGGUUCUCAGUCUGGGAUAAUUACAGUCUUGGAUGUCGGAAUGCUACACAUUUAUGACGAGGAAAUGGAGCUUGAUGGACCUGUAAUAUAUCAAUUUCCAGCUUCGCGACCCACUGUGGAGGGAGGUGCUGUGCGCUGCAUGACUUUCUCACCCGAGCCAUGGGAUCUUUUGGUCUGGCUGGAGGCUCAUGGUCGCGCUGGAAUUGCAGAUGUCCGUCAAGGGUUUCACCGAAGGCAGAUAGUACGUUUAGAGCGUCACGAUCCAGUACUCGAUGAGGUUCAUAUAGAGCCCAUGACAGAAGAGUUAGAGGGCCAACGCUUUGAGGAUGAAGACCUGGGGGUUACGCCACCGGCGAGACUCAGCACCAUCGGGGAUCUUCUCACUGACGAGCGCGCCUCGUUGCGUGAAAACCUAAUAAAUGACCUAACUCAAAGGGAGAGAUUGAUCAUGGAGUUCUUGAACACUGCCCGCUGGCCAGGUAUUACUGAAAGGUCGGACAGACCCGCAAGUCUGCAUCCUCCCCAGUCUGUAAUUCGCUUGCGAAAUGAUGGCUCCACCGAUGGGGUGAUUCGAACUUCUCGUCCGACUUCACCCUUACGCUCUUACACUCAUUCUGAUGACCUUCAAGAUCAGACAGGACGUACAGGUGCUUCUCGACGUACCCCACUCCAGGGAUGGCGCCAGCGCUUUCAACCUCGCCCUCCUGAAAUCACAUCUUCCAGUCAUGAGCGUAACCCACGCGCCAGUCUUAGUUGGACUACAGCUCCUUCAGAACCUCAGUCUAAUGAUUCAGAUGUGACUUCUCAGGAGCCUGAACCAGAGUUCAUCACCCAAGAACAUGAUAUUCAAGAAAAUGACAAUGAACUUGAAUCUGCAUCGUCUAUCUCGCCCGAAGAACUGUUCCGAUUCCGCUCUCAACGACCACACUUUCCUCUUCGGCGAUCUGAACGACCUUCCGGCACAGAUAGACGAUAUGACCCAUCUCGUCUCUCAGAUUAUGAGAUGAGAGCCAAUCUUGCAGCUGAGCGUCUAAGGCGCCAACGUCAGGCUCCGGAGGUACAAAACCGCUCAUCGGAAGGAGAACAACGGCAUCGCCAACAGCUUCUUGGCUUUGAGGGGACCCACUCACCUCGCUGGAUCAGAAAUAUCAUCAAUGAUCUCCCGGAUCGAAGCUUUAUUCCCGGUUCUGGUGUAGAUGAACCCGACGCUUCGGCUGGACUAGGGUGGGGUGCUGAUGGCAAGACUCUGUAUAUUGCCACACUGGAAGGGAUUUUCGAGUUCCGGAUCAACGUCCAAGAUCGAAAGACGUUUCCUGUAUUAUCUUGCCGAUGA